AUGGCAAAAGUAGUAGUUAAGGAAAGUAUAUUUGAUGAAAAUGUUGAUGUAAAUGAUCAAGAUAUUAUGAAAAAAAGGUUAGAAUUUCUAGAAAAUGAAAUGAUAAUGCCACCUAAUAGCAUAAAAACUAUUAUAGAUAAAACAGCUGUUUUUGUAAAAAAAAAUGGGAAAAUAUUUGAACAGAAAAUAUAUAAAGAAAAAGAAAAACAAUUUAAUUUCAUAAAUUCAAGUCAUCCUUAUUUUUUUUACUACCAGUACAAGUUACAUGAAUUAUUCUUAGGUUUAGAAGAAAAAAAUAUAAUACCUAAAGCUAUUAUAGAGAUAAAGAAAAGAGAAGAUUUAAAUAAAGUAAGUAAUAAUGAGCACAUAUUAAAAAUAUGUGAUUUUAUAAAGGAAGACAAUAAAAAUGAAAAAAAUAAAAUUAUAUACUCAAUAAACGAUGAAAUAAGGGAUGAAAAUACAUUAGAUCAAAAUGAUAAAAUUGAAAUAAAGGAAGAUAUAUUUACUAUCAUAUCUCCAUUUAUUAGUUCAGUUGAUAUUGAUUUAAUUAAAACAACAGCAUUAUUUGUUGCAAGAAAUGGAAAUAAAUUUUUAAAUGAACUUAUAGAAAGAGAAAAAAAUAAUAAUCAAUAUGAUUUUUUGAGAGCAAAUAAUUUAUACUUUAAUUUUUUUUCUAAACUUAUUGAUAUAUAUAUAAAAUGUCUGCUUCCAAGUAAUGAUAUAAUUGAUAAAAUAAAAAAAUACUCAGAUAAUAAAAGUGAUAUUCUGAAUUAUUGUUAUAAUUUAUAUAAUCAUAAUAUGAAAAAAAAAGAGGAAGAAGAAAGAAAAAUCGAAGAAAAAACAAAGGGAGAUACCUACUAUGAUUGGAUAACAUUUACAGUUGUAGAAACGAUAAAUUUUGAUGAAAAUAUAGAAAAUCUUCCUCAAUCAAUUGAUUUUAAUAAUGUAGAGAAUUAUGUUUUAAAUCAAUUAUUUGAUACAGAUAAUAAAUAUACAAAUAUAGAAAAAAUAAACAACAUUUCUUAUCAUAUGAUGAAUUCAAAAAAAGCAAUAGAUGAUGAAGAUGAAGAUGAAAAAGAAGAGGAAUACCAACAAAUAAAUAAAAUAAGUGAUGAAUAUUAUAAUGGAAAAUUAGAAGAAUCAAUAAAUACAUUGGAAAAUGAUACUAUUUCAAGUAUUAAUGACAAAGAAAAGCAAAAAGUUAAUAAAAUUAAUGAACUUGAUAAAAAUAUAGGAGAAAAUAAAUUACUAAUUAAAGAAGAAAUUAUAGAUGAUGAAGAAACUGAAGAAAAAAUCAUUGUUAUAAAAAAUUAUGAAAAAUCAAAGAAACAUAAGAUAAAUAAUGAAAAUAUGCAUUUAUGCCCUAUUACCAAUCAACCAAUUGAUAUAAAUGAUAUGACAAAACAUUUAAAAACAUUAUUAUUAGAUCCUCAGUGGAAAGAACAAAAAGAUAAAUUAUAUGAAAAAGCAAAAAAAGAAGCAUCCUUUUCACCUCUUGAAGAUAUUGAAGGAAACUUAUCUCUUUUUGUUAUUAAUAGACCUGAUAUUUUUGGUUCAAUUGAUGAAGAAAUCAAUGAACACACAUCAAAUGAAAAUAAAAAAAACUUUAAGAAUCCUAACAUGAAUAAAAAUGAAGAAGAUGUAUAUAGUUAUAUUCAUAAUAUUUACAACAAAAUCUUACCAGGUCCUUCAAUGGCUCAUUAUCCUCAAAAUGAAGAAAUAGAAAAAAGUAGUUCUUAUGAUAAUACAAAUAAAAAACAAAAAAAAUGUUAA